UUGGUGGUUGGUUCUUUGUCUUUCUCUAGUUUCCCUAGAAAGAAGAAGAGAGGCCGAGAGCUACGAGCAGCAGAGCAGUGGCCGGAGGAGAGAGAGAGAGAGAGACCGCGUGUAAGGAAGAAACGACAUCUUCUGUUGGAAUAACAGGAGGACAAGAAGUUGCGUACCUAGCCUCGCGUGAGGAGAAGGAGACAGAGGGAGACGCAGAUAUAAGGGCAUUCUCUUUGGUUUUGGAGGAGGAGCUGCAGAAAGAGAAAACAGGAGAACGUAGACGAUUAGAGAGAGAGAGAGUGAGCCGAGGAAGUGGAGAGAUAGGGAGACGGGUUGACGAGAGAGAAAGCUAGGGAGGAGACUGAGAGGUUGACUGAAGCUUGAGGGCAAGGAAGGGUGAGAAGAAGACGAAGAAAAGAACUACAGGGGGCCGACUUAGGAGAAGAGGAUGUUUUUGGGUUUUGGAGUUUUGAUUUGGGGUUUCGAAAUUUAAAAAGGAAGAGGUUUGAGCCGAAACAGAGAAGAGGGUGCUCGGGUUUGAGAAGAAAAGAAGAAGGAAGAGCGUCCUAAGGGGGUAAUUCACAAUUCAUCUAUUCUUUUAUCAAAACCAAUUGAGUUAGGCUUAAGCAAUGGCUGAUUUCCAAACCUCGACUCACCGAUCCAAGUGGAUAUUUACUCCUCAACAACUGGUCGAGAAAUAUAAAGCUGCUAAUCAAAAAGCAAUGCACAUGAUUGAAAAGUAUGGUACAACACAAAUGGAAGUAGAUGUUGAUGGUUCGUUAUCCUACCCAGCACCUCAAGCUAAUGCCAGAGAUAAUGGUGACAAGCAUUCUCGUCCAAAGCCUCUUAGUUUUGAGGAAGAAAAGUUUUUGCGAGUGUUUUAUGAGGCUAAACUUCGAGAAGUAUGCAGUGCUUUUUUCUUUCCUCAUAAAAUUCAGGCGACGGCUCUCAUAUACUUCAAAAGGUUUUAUUUGCAAUGGUCAGUCAUGCAACAUCACCCAAAACACAUAAUAUUAACGUGUGUAUAUGCAGCCUGUAAGAUAGAAGAAAAUCAUGUAUCUGCGGAGGAGCUUGGAAAAGGGAUUCAGCAAGAUCAUCAGAUGAUUCUUAAUUAUGAGAUGGCUGUUCUUCAGAGUUUGGAAUUUGAUCUAAUUGUUUAUGCUCCGUAUCGAUCUGUUGAAGGGUUUGUCAAUGAUAUGGAGGAAUUCAAUCGAGCAAAGGAUGAAGAAAUUGAAAGGCUGAGAGAUUUGCAUGAAACUGCAAAAUUGGAAGUUGAUAAGAUCAUGCUAACUGAUGCGCCACUUUUGUUUUCUCCGGGACAGUUGGCAUUGGCUGCUUUACGGACUGCUAAUGAGGUGCACAGGGUUCUUGAUUUUGAGAGAUAUCUGAGCAGCAUCGUCUCUUGUCAAAAUUCUGCACACGCUGUUUCAGAACUUACCAAAUUUUUAGAUGCCAUAGAUUCUUUGGUAAAGAGCUAUAAAUUCCCAACUGAAAAGGAUAUGAAGCACAUAAACCGCAAGUUAAAAUCUUGUUGGGGUCAUAAUGCACAUGAAGAUAAGAAACGGGAGAAGAAGUCCAAGCACAAGUCCUACAGGAGUUCACAUGAAACACAAAAUGCUUAACUAUUGUUAUGCUGUGUGUAUUGGUUUUCCCUCCUUUGGAUAUGAUACCACACCAUGUUUGAAGGCAGGCUUUAAACCAUGCACAGGAAAUGGGUGUUUUUGCAGCAUGCAUGGAAAAAGAAUCAUUGCAGAACUCUCUCCAGUGAUAUUUUGGCCAUUAGGACUGUUGAUUGAACACUAAGGGAGAAGCUAGAGAGAAACAAAGACUAAAAAUGCAUUGCUAGUUCGUGAAAGAUGAAUGUCAGUAUCAUGUUCUCAUGGAGUAACUUACAAAAUAUACCAUAGGCAAAGAAGGUUGUGGUCUAGAACUCCAUGAUUGCAAUUGAAUUCUUCUAAGGCAAUUAAUGUUGAGUCAAACAAGAAUUUGAUGACUGCAAUGGAAUUGUUGGUUUAUCAUAAA